GCGGACGCUGCGGAGCUGGGCUUCCCGGGCGCUGCGCCGCGACAGGCCCGGGAGCCCCGCCUCCAGCCCGGGGUUGCCAAGGGCGCAGCGUUGGGCCUGGCCUCGGGGUAACGCGUCUCUCAGUUCCCUUUGCUGGCGUCCCGGAGGCGGCCCUCAGCCCCACUCCGCGCCCUCAGCUCGCGGAACCUGCCUGAACCCGAAACCCCUUCUCCGAGGCGCCGGGAUUUCCUCGGUCGGCCUGGGGGGAGGGGCGGGGCGGUCGCUGGCUGGUGUCCCAGACGCCAGCCGGCAGGGAGCGGGUGGGGCCUUGGGGCUCCGGGCCCAACCCUUGUUCGGAGCUGGGGAGCCCUCUAAAGAGCGGAAACAACCCCCCUCCCCCAAGGUUCCUGGGCCCAUUCUUUGGGCCUUGGGGGAGAUGCCGGCGAGAGGUGGAUGGGUUAGGCUCGGUGCGCUGUUUCUCCCGCUGGGAGUGGAGACCCUCCCCUUCAGAAGUGAGAGCCCCUGUUGUGGCCAAGUUCUGGCGUUCUUUGGCCUCGGGGUGUUCAGUGGCACCUGAGAACCCCUGUGGGGUGGGUGGGCCGCGAUGUCAGCCCCGGGUCUGCAGGAGAAGCCUGAGUCCUGUGCUGAAACCCAGCACUGGGUUUCAGUGGCCCACCCGCCAACCACUCUUUCCCCGGAGCUACGAGUGGAGAUAUGUGUCGAGGGCAAUAUUGCAAGCGGGAAGACGACGUGCCUGGAGUUCUUCUCCAACACAACGGACAUCGAGGUGUUAACGGAGCCCGUGCCCAAGUGGAGAAAUGUCCGAGGCCAUAAUCCUCUGGGUCUGAUGUACCGGGACGCCUGUCGAUGGGGCCUCACGCUGCAGACAUAUGUGCAGCUCACCAUGCUGGACCAGCACACUCGUCCUCAGACAUUGCCUGUACGGUUGAUGGAACGGUCGAUUCACAGCGCAAGAUACGUUUUUGUAGAAAACUUGUAUAGAAGUGGGAAGAUGCCUGAAGUGGACUAUGUGGUCUUGUCGGAAUGGUUUGACUGGAUUGUGAGGAACAUCGACGUGUCCAUUGACUUGAUAGUUUAUCUCCAGACCACUCCUGAGACCUGUUACCAGAGGCUAAAGAUGAGAUGCAGGGAAGAGGAGAAGGUCAUUCCACUGGAAUACCUGGAUGCUAUUCACCACCUGUACGAGGAGUGGCUCAUCAAAGGGAGCCUUUUCCCCGUGGCGGCCCCUGUUCUGGUGAUUGAGGCUGACCAUGACAUGGAGAAAAUGUUAGAACUCUUUGAACAAAACCGGCACCGAAUACUAAUUCCAGAGGAUCGGAAGCUUGGUCCAUAGGACGGGGAAGAUCAUGCCAGAGAAAUGCCCGCUGCUGCCAAGUUAGCUCUCACGAGCAGUUUGGAACAAUCCACUCUCGGGAGGGCUUUCUAUCUGGGCACAUUUGUCUUCCUAAUGGUCUUCUCUCCUUUGCCAGUGUCUUUAUCCUGGGAUUCUGGCCCUCGUGGGUAAAUGACAUGAUGGGACCAA